AUGGCGAGCCCACCAACAAGGUCACCUGCUGAGCUGUUGCCGCAGCCGUUCGAAAAGCACCUGGAAGAAGGCCCGGCACUAGGAUCAGGAUCAGUAUCAGCGGAGAAAGUACACGCUGUGCCCAAUGCUUCGCUCACAGCCGAGGACGACGGGCCGUCGACCAUUGAAGAUGCCGCUGAAACGAGACGAAUCAUGCGCAAGCUAGACUGGCGCAUUCUGCCUGUCUGUUCUCUGCUUUACCUCUUUUCUUUUCUCGACAGGUCGAGUAUUGGAAAUGCAAAGGUCGCAGGCAUGAACAAGACGCUGCACCUGACGUCGUCAGAAUACAACCUCGCAGUCUCGAUAUUCUUUGUGCUUUACUGCUUCCUCGAGGUACCUAGCAAUAUUGCGCUCAAGCGGCUGGGAGCAAAGACAUGGCUUCCGAUCAUCGUCUUUGGCUGGGGGGUAGUCAUGACUCUGCACGGUAUUGUGCAAUCUGCCACCGGGUUAACCGUAGCACGUCUCUUUCUUGGCGCUGCUGAGGCUGGUCUUUUUCCUGGUGUGUCGCUGCUUCUUUCCUACCUCUACCCUCGCUCUCACAUCCAGCUCAGGCUGGGAAUCUUUUUUGCCAAUGCUACUAUUGCCGGUGCAUUCGGUGGGCUUUUGGCUUACGGUCUGUCGUUCGUCCGCUCAAGCAAUCUAGAGGGCUGGCGCUUCAUCUUUAUUGUCGAAGGUAUUGCUACCUGCGUCGCUGCAGGGAUCGGCUGGUUCCUUCUCUUCAACGGCUACGAUGACGCGCAUUUUCUCACUGCGUCAGAAAAGGCGUAUAUGGGCGAUCGGAUCAAUUAUGACGGGACGGAAGUCGCCAUGAAUCAGUCCUUUCAAUGGAAGUUCGUCUUGCAAGGUCUAAAGGAUGUCAAGACAUGGCUGUCCUUGAUUACGUACAUCGGGGUUUACGCGCCUGUCUACUCGAUCGCCUUGACCCUGCCGUCGAUCCUGAGCACUUCGCUUGGCUACUCGAGCGUCCGCUCGCAGUUGCUCACCGUGCCGGUGUACGGCUGCGCUGCGGUUGUCGUGGUCAUGUGGUCAUUCGCAGCCGAUAGGCUGCGGAGCCGCACAUUCUUCUUGCUCAUGGGAACCAUGCUUUCGGCGAUUGGAUGGGGUAUCGGACUCGCGUCGAGCAAUCCAAGGGUCGGGUUUGCAGGCGUCUUUCUCAGCGCUGCCGGAAGCUAUGGUGCUUUCCCUUCUGUGGUAGCACUUGUCAGCCAGAACGUCGGCGGGCAGACCAAGAGAGGAGUUGCGCUCGGCAUCCUCGGUACGUACUCGCGCGCCAUGGCUGGUCUGACGAAGCAGAGCCUAGGACUGACGGGGGCUGCAUAUUUGAUGGAAACACUGCGUUCGCUAGUUGGUGUGGGUGGGCUUUGUGGCGUGAUCGCGCCGAACAUCUUCCUGGCGAGCGAGUCGCCACGCUACCCGACAGCUUACAAGAUCAACAUCGGUCUCAACGCCUUGGGCUUCCUUGGUGCACUGCUCAACGCCGCGUAUCUGAUCUGGGCGAAUAAGCGCAAACAGCGGGCCAUCGACAGCGGUGCGGCGGCCAGGCUGGGUCGGCAGGAGCUUGCAGACCUCGGGGAUGAGAGCCCGUACUUCCGCUAUAGGCUUUAG